AUGACUGGUACCGGCUUCCAAUUGUUUCCUCCACCGCCUCGGGCAAGGCAAACAAGCCCGGCUCGGAGGCCCUCGCCAGCGGCGAAGCCAUCUGUGCCCGCGCCCGUGGUGGAGAGAAAGGACAGCGCAAACCACAUGGAACAGUCAAUCGACUUCCACGAACUGGUCAUACAAGUCAACUCAGUUCCCGUAUCACCGUCCAACACGAACAAUGCGGCUCCAGCAAUCGCCGCACCGCCUCGAGCUCAUGUCGCGCCAAGCGGCUCCGCCGCAGGCCAUACACCACCAUCAGCACAUGAGGAGUUCUACCGAGGGCCCUCGCCAGCCCUCUCGAUGCCUCACGCCUACAGUCCUGAACCCAACCGGACAGCCUCUCCUGCAUUCUCAACAUGUGAGACGCUUGUCCGAAGCAACACGACGGCCACACGACCGCCAAGGUCACCACAAGAAGAGGUCCAGAUGCGUUCUAUGUUUCCAACAUAUAACCCCAAUGUACCUCUUUCGCAACAGGCGUACAAGCCCAUGCAGGCGUCGCCAACUCACUUGCAGACCAGCAGAUCGCCAUACUCUGCAGAGCCGUACGUGCCUCACAGCAACACGUCUUCAAGGAGCACCAUGACUGCCAAACCGCCACCGAAAACCUUCUUCACGCCUUCUCACCUGCUUGACAAUCUCUGGCUAGCGGCCAAUGGACAAGAAGAGCCGGCGAUUCAGAUCUAUACUCUCAAAAUGCAUCGAGCUACAAUGGCCAACCCUACCAUCACCUUCGGAACCACGCCCUCGCUUCCGUUCUACAGCUUAGCAACGACGAACCUGGCUGGUGAGGAUGCCCCGGUGCAGAGCAUCAUCAACGAGCUCCUGAUCCAACGGCAUCACCCUACUCAACCUCGGGUACUGCCUAUUGCACAACUCGAUCUCAUCUCACCUCCUUCUAUGGAUAGCAUGGCAUUCGACCCCCGGCAGCAGGAGUCGACUACUCUUCUGACAAGCGUAUACCCCAAACUCGCCGCUCUCCAAGCCCUGGAUGCAGCCGCGACGUCGCCUGCCGCCUCACGUAUCGCUCUGGUAGAUCCUGGUGCCCAGUCCCCUGCUGCACAAAGGCUGGCCGAAGACGUCCUUGCCGGCGCCGCUCAACGGGAGUGCUGCACACUCCUCUGGACGCGUGAUGACCCUAACCAACAAGCCAAUCCAUGGGCCCAGCACAUCCCGUCUGAAGGCUCGUACCAGCUGCACCACCCGGCUCUAGGCAAUUUUCCCAUCCAGAUUGAAGGCGACUGCUCCGUCAUCAACAAGCCAUCCACCCGCCCCAUAACCGCCAUAUACGGGCACAAUAUGGCCUCGACACCAACCCUAUCUACACCAAAGCCCGCGUCCAUCACUCUUUUGAAUCCGUACAUUCUGUCCACCACCACACCGCGGACAAACGCCUUCUCACCUCUCCCCGAGCCCCCACGCUUUGACGCACAUAACCGCCCCAUCUCGGCCACCCCCUCAACCAUGUCCGUCGCACAGCUCCCUACCACCACUGACGCUACUGCCGACGACGCAAUGCUCGCACGCCUCGACUUUGCUGCCGACACCCUGGUUCUCAAUCUCGGCGCCCUGACCCGCUUCGGCAACCCCUUCCUCGUCGACGUCGCCGCCAGUACCCUCUGCGCCGUCGCCAUCGCCGAAGCUACGCGCGGCCGCUCCGCGCGCAAAACAUCCCUCAGCGACUUCGCCGCCCCGCCCGCAAACGACUACGCCCCGCGCUCCCCCGGCUCCAGCGCCCGCGGCGUCGGCAACACGCUCAAGCGCGACUGGGCCGCCGUCGACGCGAGCAAGCAGGGCCGCGCCAACGCCGGCGCAGCCGCCAAGUCGUCGCUCAGCAGGCUCCUGUGCGCGCUCAAGUCGUCCACGGGCGACGACAGCUCGACGCGCGCCCGCGACCGCAAUGCGGAUGUCGACAAGGACAUCGAGAUGGGCGCGUGGUACGGGCAGAGUCCUGCUGCGCCCGCGACCGCCAGUGUCAGCGCGAGUCCGAGUGCCAAGGAGUCCCGGGCUGAGAAGCGGGCGCGCCGGCAGGCCGAGAAGGAGGACCGGCUGCCGUUUGUGGUGCGCGCGGUGAUCAAGCUGGUGUCGUUUGCGGUGAAGGCGGUGGUAUGGGUGCUGAUGCUAGUGUUCCGGAUUCUGGCGGGUGUGGGGCGGGCGGUUUAG